AAGGCGGGGAGUGGAGGUCCGCCCCCUGCGCCGGGAGUUGGGCGGGAGGGAGGCGCCGAGCAAGUUGAGGAGCGUCUCGCCCCGGGCGCAGAAGACCAAUGCAUGCUUCUUCCAAGCGGGAAGGAAAUUCCUGUGGCGGAAAACUUUGUCUGAGGACCCUGGGAGCGGGAGGGGACUCCGAAAGCGUCCUGCCCCGGAGCUCCGCUUGACGGUCGCAGGAAGGUUGCGCGCGCAAAGAUGCGCAAGGACAUGUUGCCUCUGGGCAUGGGCAGAGGAGUCCUGCAAGCACAGUUCAGCACCUAGAGGCACUAUCUACCAGGAUGUUGUCCUCCUAGGUUUCGGGAACCCUGAAAAAUGCCGUUACAAUUAGGACUGCUGGCGGUAUGGGAGCUGUCUCUUUACCUGUUCGUUUCCUUCGGCUUUCAUUUUUAUUCCUUUUACGAAGUCUUCCAAGCCUCUCGAGAGUAUGAAGAGGAACUUGAUAGAGAAUUUGAGCUGGAAACUGAUUCACUGUUUGGAGGAUUUAGAAAGGAUCCCAUGGAUUUUGAAUGGAAUUUUUGGAUGGAAUGGGGUAAAGGAUAUAUCCUGUGGCUUCUUUUCGGUCACCUCACGGUAUCACAGCUGUCCAGCCUUUACAUGAAGAAGUACAAACCCUGGUUUCUGAUGGUGUAUGGCAUGGCAGCCUGUUGGUUUCUGCUUGGUACCAAUGGUUUGGCAGUGAUUUUUCUACAUGUAACUUUCUCGUACGGAGUGGCUCAAUUUAAGAACCCCUUUCUGAUGUGGCUGGGCUCGUUGCUUCUGUUGUCAACUUUGCGUGUGUCUGCCCUGGAAGAAAUAAAGAGAGGCUGGUAUGCCAGUGAAAGUGAAUACUACUUGCUUCUUUUCACCCUGACUGUCCGCUGCCUCUAUUACACAAGCUUUGGUCUAGAGUACUGCUGGUACAGGUCUGCUGAAAUGACUCAUCACCCAUUCCUUUGGAUGCUGGCUUAUGUGUUCUAUUAUCCUGUCUUUCACAACGGACCCAUUAUUACCUUCGAUGGAUUUUAUAAACAGAUGAAUAAACAAGAAACCUGCAGUUUGAAGUUCAACCUCUGGGUUUUCAUCAGGGGCUCCGUUCGUAUCUUGCUUUGGUGGUGGCUGGCAGAGUUGAUGAUUCACUUUAUGUAUAUACAUGCCAUCUGCAGCAGUCCUUCACAUCUGGAAGCAGUGACCUACUGGACCCUAGGUGGGCUGGCAUUGGCUCAGGUCCUCUUCUUUUAUGUGAAAUACCUCGUCCUUUUCGGUGUUCCUGCACUUGUUAUCCGACUGGAUGGGCUGAAGUCUCCCGACUUGCCACGCUGUGUGAGCACCAUGUACAGUUUUUCCGGAAUGUGGAGAAGUUUUGAUGUUGGACUGCACACAUUUCUUGUCAGGUACAUUUACAUCCCGAUGGGAGGAUCCCGCAGCAGCAUCUUGAAGAUGCUGUUCUCCACAGCAAUCACGUUCGCUUUUGUAAGCUAUUGGCACGGCGGCUAUAGCUACCUUUGGUCCUGGGCGAUACUUAAUUGGCUUGGAGUAGCGGCCGAAAAUGGAGUGAAGAGGCUGGUUUCUCUUCCAGCUGUCCGUGACUUAAUUAACCAUUUUUUGUCCCCAAGAGGCUGUCGGCGACUCCAUGCAGCUCUGGCAUCUGUGUCUACCAUGUGGUUGAUCUUCUCCAACCUUAUCUUUCUCGGAGGGAAUCAUGUUGGCAGAGUCUACUGGAACAGGAUCUUCAUAGAAGGCUGGCCAUGGGCGACACUCUCUGUUUGGGGAUUCCUCUACUGCUACUCUCAUGUUGGGAUUGAAUGGCAACAGACUUACAGCAGGCAUUAGCAGUUAUUGGAAGGGAUGCCCUCUAGACCUCUCAAGAAGGGACCUUUGACCUAUGAAGCCCAUCUUGUGUGUCUCGGUGUACAAUGCCAUACCAGUAUCCCAGUGUAUCCUGACAUGCUGCCCAUCAAGAGGUGUAGGAAUUUCUCAUCUGUAUGCAUUUGCCAAAGCCUUUGAAACUCUGGAAGUCAUUGUAAGAUACAUGGGGGUGGGCAUUAAAUCAAUGCAAAUGUUUUAAAAACGUAUUUGUCUCUCAAGAUACUAUUUAUAGAUCAAUAACUAUUUGGAGAUAUGUUUUUAAUGUGGGUUGUUUUUUUUAAAAAAAAAUGUAGGUAUGGGGAUGUGGGUGGCGCUGUGAUCUAAACGACCAAGCCUCUCGAGCUUGCUAAUCAUAAGGUCGGCAGUUCAAAUCCACACAAUGGUGGUGAGCUCCCAUUGCUCUGUCCCAGCUCCUGCCAACCUAGCAGUUCAAAAGCACCUCAAAGUGCAAGUAGAUAAAUAGGUACCACCCCAGCAGGACGGUAAACUGUGUUUCCAUGCACUCUGACCUCAGUCACGGUGUUUCAUUGCACCAGAACCGGUUCAGUCAUGCUGGCCACAUGACCCAGAAAACUGUUCGCGAACAAACGCCGGCUCCCUCAGCCUGAAAGCAGAGAUGAGUGUUGCACCCCGUAUUUGACUAGCAUUUUCCGAAUUCGAUUGGACUUAACCAUCCCAGGGUCCUUUACCUUUACCUUUAUCUAAUGUGGAUAUGUAUGACUAUAUAAUCUGGUGAGUUCCCAAGACCCAGCCAAAGUUAAGCAUGAGACCCCUCGGUAUAGAGCGGUAUAUAAAUUCAAUAAAUAAAUAAAAUUUUGAUAUUAGAAUCCUUUGGUCCUAGCAGGGAGUAUGAAAAGGCACUUUAUCCACCUUCAUUCUCCUUCCUCCCACCAUUUUUUGGGAUUGCCAUGAAGGUAAUAUUGGCAAAAAUAAAAAUACAAAACACCCCCAAAUUGUGUUCUAGUACCAUUUUUACAUCCCUCACCCCCAAAAUCCCAGGAGUCAAUUACCUGGAAGCAGGAUCCUUUGAUUUUAGAAAUUUUGAAGAGAAGACGAUUUUUGGAUACUAUUAUCUUUUGUUACUCAUUGUUUCACAUGUUUUUAGGAGGAAAAAAUGUUUACGGAUUCUAUUUUGAUAAUAUCUUGUACUGAUUUGGUCUUUGUUUUCCUGGUUGUUGCAUGUUGGAAGGUGUGAACUACGAGUGUCUUGGCUCACUGUAAGAUAUUUUUCAUGACAUGUUAAGCCAACCCCUGGCUUAGUGUGAUCUCCUGGAGAGCUGCUGACAGCCAUUUCUCCUUCUCUGAUCCUUUUUGCUGCUGUACCAGGCUGCGCUAAACCAUAGUUUGUCUUAGCAUGUAAUCCAAACAAGGCUUUCAACUAAAUCCAAACAAGGCUUACAACUAAAUCCAGAAUCGUUAAUUUGGAAUCACAUUCAUAGAAGAUGGUUGAAAAUUUGAGUACAAAAGUGAAAUGAAAGAGAAGAGUUUUGAGAAAGGAUUAGGGAUGAAUAAAAGGUUGGUACAGUAAA